AUGCAGUCUUUCCUGUACAAGGCUCUGGGGACAGUGCUGGGAGCCUGUAAGAGAGUCCUCCACGUCCAGGAGAAGCUGCUGCAGCACCUGGAGGAAGCAAACGCGGAGGAGCCAUGUGAGGCCCAGGGAAUCAUCUCUCUUCUCAGCCAUGCUGCUGAGAGCAACUUCCAGACAGUCCUGGCCACGCUCACCAUGUUUGUGUCCAGGCUGUACAAAGGCCGCAAUGCGAGGAUUUCCAGGAGCAAGAAGAUGGAGCUGGACAGCACGAGAGCUCAUGCCACACGCAGCGCUCUCAUGCUCGCCCACGGCAGCUUGGCACUGCGUGCCUCCAAGGACAGCUGCUCGCCCACCUGGAGGGAGACAUCGUGGGCAACAUCCUGA